AUGAAAUCAUCAAAAAUGCUAAAAACUCCUUUAGAAAAUAUUGCAUGAGGAAAGAAUAUUAUAAGAUUCAAGCUAACGUCUCACGCCCGUGCUAAAUCUUCGUCAUAUUUUGCAGCACCUUCUAUUAAUAUAGAAUUAUGCAAGCUUGAAAAAGUCGAUCAUAAAAAUGCAUCGAAAAGUGAAGUGGAUUAUAAGGUCCAUGCUCCUGAGAUUUUGAUACAUAAUCGGAAUGAAAUAAUUCAUCCUCUUACUGUUUCUAAAAGUUUUGAUACAAGAGAAUUGAGUGACAACCGUACGCUAAGAGAUCAGAGACCAAGCUCUAGAAUGGUUUCUUUAGAUAUCCCAAAAUUAACUUUUGGAUCAUCAUCGUCAUCAUAUUCACCUACAGAUAGAAAAAUAGAAAAUUAUUGGCCCACUAUCAAAGCUAAGCUAAAAGAAAAGAAAAAAAAGCCAUACUCUAUAUAUAGAGAAAGGCAAAAAUGACAUAAUGAAAAGUUCAACAGUAUGCUGGACAGUGUAAUGAGGUGGAAAGAGGAUAUUAAUUUAAGGAAAAAUAUAAGCAUUGUCGAUUAUUUUAAUGAGCUAAAGAGCAACUCAAAAUCAGUAGCAACUAUAAACACUUCUAAAGAGCUGAAACCAAAGCAGGCUUGAAAAGAUAAAAUAAUGGAUGAGUAUGGUAGGCAAGAGACAUCGAUUAGUAUAAGAUCUUUUCCUAGAAAAUUCAAGCCAACAAAUUACUAUGGCUGGUAG